AUGGUUAUCAAGACACGGAGAGCCAUGGGAGGGGCAGUACCUUUCAAAGCUGCACUCACUGAGCGCUUGGCGCUGAUCCAGCCCUCCAGAGAGCAGGUACAAAGGCUCCUAGCUGAGCAUCCUCCACACCUGACCCCUGGCAUACGGGAGCUGGUGAGCCGCCUGCAGGAGCGCCAUGUUCAGGUUUUCCUGAUCUCCGGUGGCUUUAGGAGCAUCGUGGAGCACGUUGCCUCGAAGCUCAACAUCCCAGCAGCCAAUGUAUUUGCCAACAGGCUGAAGUUUUACUUCAAUGGUGAAUAUGCAGGUUUUGAUGAGACACAGCCAACAGCCGAGUCUGGUGGGAAAGGAAAAGUUAUUAAAUUUCUAAAGGAAAAAUUUCAUUUUAAGAAAAUAGUCAUGAUUGGAGAUGGAGCUACAGACAUGGAAGCCUGCCCUCCUGCUGAUGCUUUCAUUGGAUUUGGAGGAAAUGUGAUCAGGCAGCAAGUAAAGGAGCGUGCCAGAUGGUACAUCACUGAUUUUGUGGAGCUUCUGGGAGAACUGGAAGAGUAAUGUCAAUUUCUAUAUAGCUCAUAACAAAGUCAGAUCGAUUUUUGAAAGCUACAUGGGUGAUACUGUUUUCUUACAAUUGCUUAUGACAACUUUUUAUAUAAAGUUGAUACUGAUUAUAUAUUCAAAUAAACUGUAAUUAGGGUUCCUAAAUCACUUAAAGAAAAAACAACUAGUUCUAGUACUGUUAUAACCAUUAAUUACCAAGAGUUUUAUAAUUGAAUUUUUCAUGUCUAUUUUCCUAGCUGUAUUUUACCUGAAUCUUUUACAAGUAUAUAGUAAACAUCUUCAUGCUUGAAAAUAUGGACCCAGCAACCUUAAGUGAAUAUUGGUUUGCUCUUGAAUAUCUAAAUAAAAGCUUAUUGAUUAGAAGAGA